AGUCAAGUCAACUACCUCUCCUGCGACAUCAGGAGGGUCAAGUCAGCUACUUCUUCUACUUCUUCUAAGUCUAACUCACAUCAACUAUCCAAGUCAGUCUCGAUCAAGCAUCUCAUCAAGCAGUCAACAAGUCGAAUACAGAAAAGAAUGGUUAUUUUAAAACGCGAAGUUAACGAAGAAAUAAAGAUGGAUAAAAUUAGUGCAUCAGAAAAGAAACGAGUAGAAUCAUUAAAACAUAAGAAGCAAAUUUUCAGAGCUAAAGAAUUGGCAGUGCAGAAUGCACUGAAGAAUUUGGAUAAUAAUUCAAAUAAAAAUAAAAUAAUAUUUGAUGAUAAUGAUUAUAUCAAUAAAAUAGAAGAAAUCAAUAAAAUCGAAGAAAAAGGAAAGAAAAGAAGACUUGAUUUGUUUGAUGAUGAUGACUAUGAUAGAAAUGAUGAUGAGUCGGUUUGGGAUGAUAGUAAAUUUGAAAUUAACAAACAUUUCACAGGGGAGUUUCUUAGAAGUAAUAUUAUUUUGGGAAAUGAUGAACGGUUUAAACUUGACAAACGUUUCAUAGAGAAUGAUAAAGAAUCGGAUAAAGAUAUUACUGAAGACACAAAAGGUGAUGAUAAAAUUGAUUUACAAAAGGAAAAGGAAUUACAAUUAGAUAUUUUAGAAAAUAUUCUAGGAGUGCCAAUUAGUUCAAAGAAUAAAGAUACAAAUAAGGAUGUGAAAUUUCCAAAGAAAGGAAUGAUUAGAUAUGAUCCUACAGAAAAUGGUCAUAAAGAAUAUGAAAUUAAUAUAGAAAAAUCUGAAACAGAAACCAAAAAAGUUAAGAAGAAGAAAAAUAAGAAUAAUACAGAUGACCUGAUUGAAAAUGCACCUGUGGAAGUGUCGAAAGAUAUAUACUUUUCUGUGUCAGACUCACUAUCAAAAAGCUUGAAAGAAGGAGGGCCAUUCAGUUUAUUAAAAACAUUUGGGAAAGAAACAACUGAUGAAAAAAAUGAUAGUAGUAAUAUUUUAAAUACGGAACCAUUGAAGCCUCCAAAGAUUCAAUUAGGUUUUGACUCAAAGAAUCCAUUUAAAUACGAUUCUUCUGAUGAAGAACAUAACAGUAAGGAAGAAUAUACAAAUAAAAAAGAACAUACAAAUAAUGUGAUAGUAGACACAAAUAAGUUUUUCUUUGAUAGUAAUGAUGUUCGUUUUAGUGAGGCAGAAAAUUUUUUUUCGAAAGAACACGUGUCAGAAGAUACGUUUAAAGAGCUUAGACAAGAAGUAAAACAAAUUGUUCGUUCGAAAAUUCGAAAAAAUAUGAAAAAGAAGCAACCUUGGGGAUACAAAAAAAAAGUUAAAAAAUCAUCUUAAAAUCUCUUUUAUUAAUCUUUUAAACAUAUAAACGAAAAUGUUAAGUUUAUACAGUUGUUUUCAAAUAAAAAAGAUGCAACUUGUCAAAAAAAUGUAUCAUAUAAAACAUCGUAUGAAAUAUAUCUCCUAUACCAUAUAAAAUAUAAAAUAUUACACCUUUUUAA